GAUGGAAUUUUGAAAUCGCUAAAUGCAGAGUAAAGUCCUUCCCGCCGUAGUGAUUACCGGACCAAAAAGGAAAUGCAAAUCGCCGCCGGUAGCCUCAAACGAUCCAAUCGCUCACUCCGGUCAUCUUCCCCAAACCUUCAAAUAUAUAACGAACAUUUCUCCAAUCCCUUGUCUGCAAUCCGUAACGUCGUCGGCGAUGAUUUGACUUUGAACCACCCAAUAUUACAGGCAUUAGAGUCUUGCGGCUGUGGGUCGAGAAGAGAAUUCGACCAAGUCCACACCCAGCUCCUUAUCUCCGGUCUCUUUCAACAUUCACUCGUUUCCGGCCGAGUGGUGAAGAAGCUCUGUUCUUCUCCGUCCACUCUUCCUCAUGCCGUCACUCUGUUCGAAUCCUUUAACUUUCCAGAUGCGUUCUUGUGUAAUCAUAUUUUUAGAAGCUUUCUCAAUUCGAAUGAACCACAUGGCGCUCUUAGCUUUUACUAUAAUCAAAUGAUGAAGAAAUCUGUCAAGCUGAAUCAUUACACAUUCCCUCUUUUAGCCAGAGUCAUCGUUGAAUCUGGGUUUUUAAUAGAAGGUGAAAAGAUUCAUUCAUGUGUGGUGAAAUCUGGGUUAGAGUCGGAUUUGUUUAUUCGAAAUGGAUUGAUUCACAUGUACUCUACUUUUAAUAGAAUUAGGGAUGCUCGUGCUUUAUUUGAUUUCAGUCCUGUCACUGAUCUAGUUACAUGGAAUUCAAUCAUAGAUGGGUAUUCGAAAAAUGGUGAACUAAUUCUUGCACGUCAGGUGUUCGAUGAAAUGCCAGAGAGGGAUAUUAUUAGCUGGAACACUAUAAUUGCAGGGUAUUCUUCUUCUGGUGACAUGGAGGAAGCUAAAGCUUUAUUUGAGACUAUGAAGAUUAAGGAUAUUGUAUCUUGGAAUUCCAUGAUUGAUGGGUAUGCUAAAGCUGGAAAUGUCGAUUCUGCUCGCGGUUUUUUCAAUGAGAUGCCCUCGAGAAACGUUAUAUCCUGGAACAUCAUGUUAGCUUUAUACGUUCGUGUAAAGGAUUACAAAGAAUGUUUGAAUUUGUUCGACGAAAUGGUGGGAAUGAAAACUGCAGAGCCAAACGAGGCCACGCUUGUUAGUGUUCUAACUGCAAGUUCGCAUCUUGGAGAGCUCGAAAGAGGAAAAUCGGUUCACUUCUAUAUAGAAAAUAACAAGAAGAUCAAACCUGAUAAUUUACUAUUAACUUCACUCAUAACAAUGUAUGCCAAGUGUGGCGACAUGGAUCUUGCUCGAAUCGUGUUCGACGAAAUGCCUAACAGAAACGUUGUCUCAUUCAAUUCCAUGAUCAUGGGCUACGGAAAUCAUGGGUAUGGUGAGAAAUCUCUCGAAAUGUUUGUAGAGAUGGAGAAGAGUGGAAUCGAGGUUAAUGAUGCUACUUUUGUAUGUGUUCUUAGUAGUUGUGCUCAUUCUGGUAUGGUUUUAGAAGGUUGGUGGUAUUUUAACUUGAUGAAACGAGUUUAUAAGAUUGAACCGAAAGUUGAACAUUAUGGUUGCAUGAUUGAUCUUUUGGGUAGGGCUGGUUUGAUGAAUGAAUGUGAAGAGAUUAUAACAAAGAUGCCAAUGGAUGGUGGGAUGGCUUCAUGGGGUGCUUUACUUUCGGCUUGUAGGACUUUUUCGAAUGUUGGGCUUGGAGAAAUUGUCGCUAAGAAAUUGAUUCGGUUGGACCCCGAUGAUAUUGGGGCUUAUAUAUUGUUGUCGAAUAUAUAUGCCGGCGAAGGGAGAUGGGAUGAUGUACAUAAUGUGAGAUCGAUGAUGAAAGAUGGGAAUCUUAAAAUCGCGGGUUCUAGUAGUAUUCAGUGUUCGGAUCAUAAGAGGAUUAUGGUUUAUUCCAUGUUGAGUGAGCUUGGUGCUCAAAUUAAGUUGGCUGGUUGUUCAAGCUGAUUUUGUUCACCAAAUUGUUAUGAUUUUUUUUUGUUAUU